CUCACUCUGUCGCUCUCAGGUGUCUGCAUGCGUGUUUUGGGACCAACAUGGGAUUCUCGUUGCCCCUAUAGGUCGGACCCCUUGUGAAGAAGCCUUUACUCAUGUCUAACCUGCUCUCCGAGACCUUUACAAAUGCGUUUGCUAAAGUUCGCCUAUCAUCGGAUAGGGUUUUAAAAAGAUUUAUUCGCCUUAUAAAUUCAAUCAUGAACUUUGCCGUUCGCGUGCUCCAGUUAUUUCUUGUGACGCUUCUGUAUUUUUCGGCUGUCAAGAGUGCCUACAUACCCAGGGAGGGAGGCAGAAGCACAUAUGAUGUGGUGCCAUUCAUGGAAGUGUAUAACCGGUCUCUCUGCCGUCCUCGGGAAAUGCUGGUGGAAAUUCAACAGGAAUACCCUGAUGACAUUGAGCAUAUCUUCAUCCCGUCCUGUGUGGUUCUCACCCGCUGUGCUGGGUGCUGCAAUGAUGAGAUGAUGGAAUGCACCCCUACCGUCACAUACAACAUUACCUUGGAGAUUAAAAGACUGAAACCUCUCCGUCAUCAGGGUGACUUUUUCAUGAGUUUUGCAGAACACAGUGAAUGCCAGUGUCGGCCGAGGAAAGAUGCACUGGAGACAAAAGAACAAAAACCCCGGAAGGGCAAAGGCCAAAAGCGAAAGAGAAAGAAAAACAGUGAAAAAAAGCAGGAUUUUAGUCAGUGUGAGCCUUGCUGUCCUACAUGCUCUGAGAGGAGAAGAAGGUUGUUUAUUCAAGACCCUGAGACGUGUCAGUGCUCCUGUAAACACUCUGAAGCUGACUGCAGGUCUAGACAACUAGAACUCAACGAAAGGACCUGCAGAUGUGACAAACCAAGGAGGUGAACCGAACCGACUUGAGAAUGGACUCUGACAUGAAGGAAUAUUUCACAGUAAUUCACAGCACUUUGAACUUUCAGCUUUGAACUUGGGUCUCGUUUUCCGUCCCGGAGAUAUUGAACGAAUGAAGUGAAGGGGUUUGGGGGAAGUGGGGGGCCAAUAGUCAAUGAAAUGUUCUCUCUGUAUAUUUUCAUGAUUUUCGUGUGCGUGUUAAGCGAAGCGAGAGACUGAAAGCACAGGAUUUGAUUUGCUGCUAAAGGGUCUUUUACGCAAAUACCUGCGUAAAUGUUUCUGAUCUCGGCUGGCGUGCGUAAAGUCGUACUCGAAAUCACUCAGCGAAACACAUCACUGGAUUUGGGUCUACUGUGCAGUUUUUCAUGUGAAUCUAAAGCACAAACGAAAUGUUUGUAGGACUGCAACAAUUUGUCAGCGUCCACUGUGCGCCGUGGAAUCAUUCCUCCCAGAACGUGAAGACUGAGAACAAUGAGUGUGUUUUUAUAGAUGGACAAAUGACUGGAGUUUUGACGGAAGACUGAACUGAUUCUGUCAUUGGAAAGUUACACAGUGACGCCAUGGUUGCACAAGAGCUCUGACCUUGAAGAGGCACACCUAAGAGGAUUUUGGUCAUAUUCACUCCUUAAAGGGAUAUUCAUUCUUUGACAUCUUUGGAAACCACUUUGUGUAGAUCGUAUGAUUCGAUUCCAUGCUUCCACACUACUGGGGAUUUGGUUGUCGUUCAGCUUGAAACUUUAGUCCAAAUUUAUUCCCCUAAGCAAUUCAGUAAUUUAUGAUUUUAAAAAAAAUAUAUUUUCAGUAUUCUAUCUCUUUGUAUUUAAUUUGACCUAUUUAUGUGCAGUGUUAUGUUAAGAUGGAACUUCUUGCCCUUUAAUGUCUGCAAACCUCCAUGGCUGUCUGAAAAAAAAAGCUUUUCAUCCUGUUUUAUUUUCUGUAGAUGAACAGAGAAACAUUCCUAGAACUGAUCAGUGAGUCGUGUUGCCAACUGCCUUGACUUUGCCGCCUUGCUGCAGAUGUGUGUGUGCCGUGUGAUCUCUAACAAACAAACUGUGUUAAUGUGAUUUUGUGUGCAUACGAGGCUAGUGUUUGUGCGCGUGCAUGUGUGAGUAUGCUUUGGCGAAACAGUCCUGAUGUCAGUGUGACAUACGUAUUGAAUAACAAUAUAGCAACCAAAUGUAAAUAUAGGCCAAACCCACAUCACCUUUUACUUCUACUAUAAUAAGAUCUAACAAGCUGAAACCGUAUGAUAAGAUUUGAUUGGAGUUUUACAUUAUUUAUUUACUCUGUGUAAAUAUGUUGAAUAUUAACAUCUUAUUUGUGUCUGUGUAAUGUAGUACAGCAUAUUUAUUUUCAAAUUAUAUUGCUCUUUUUCUAUAAAAUAUUGUUUGAAAGCUCUUGAUGUUUUACGAUUACAUGAAAGCACCUUGCAUAGCUGUUGGUUUGGUUAAUAUUUAUUAAUUGCAAUAUAGUAUUCAGUGUUUAGGUUCCUUUUGAAGUUAUCAGUUAUUACAGAUUUCAGAAGUAGACAAUUAUCUUGAGGAAAGGCCUAUUCACACCAAGGAUGAUAAGUAUAAAGAUAAGGAUAUAGUUCUAAAAAUCCACAUCACAGCUAUAACGAUAAUGGCACAGAGAAAUGAUAUCGUUGGAAUCACUUUCCGAACAAUUUUUUUCCAGCUUAUGAACGAUAAAAACACUGACACCCAAUCAGAAUCAAUCGAGCUUGAGAAAGCAGCAAACAAGCGUGUGCUUAGAAUAAACAGAUGAUAUUGUUCGCUGGUGUGGAUAAUAUAUAGUGUGAACGGGCCUUAACUCAUGACUCAAAGAACCAUUAUGGGCAUUCAGGAGCAUACAUGACCUUAUUUCUUGUAGGUAAACUUUUACAUAUUGAGAUCCAGCCACCUUUAAUCAAAUGAAAACUGUCAUCAUCUGCCCCUUCAGUUCAAACGGAUGCAUAAUGCUCCUGCAUGUCCCUAUUGUAUAAAUAAGAAUAAUAGCUACAUUUCUUGAUACAUGCUGAAAAGUUUUCAGAACUGCUUUAUAUAUUGCACUUACGUCAAGAAAUGCAUAUCACUGUUAACAAUAGUUGAUUAUUUUAUUAUUUGUUCUCGAUGUGGCCUAGAGUUGCAUCACUAAAAGAUUCCACUUUAAAACUAUGUUUUUGUUCAAAAUGUGUCCUACAUGUGGUUCAGUUCAGUCUUGGCGAACAUUAUGUAGGAUUGUUUUGGUUUGUUGAACUCUAUAAAAAAUACAAAUUUUCAACUAGCUGUUACCAUUCCAGAAAUUUCCCAUCCGUCUCGCUAAACCUGAGCCGACAGGUCCAUGUGAUCAUCAGAAUGGCAGCCAUCAGUAGAUCAGUGUUAAUGAGGCUUAGGUUUAAGAGCGGUUUGUGGAACAGUUUGCAGUGUUUGUUUUGAAACAGCUGAUUUUAGCCUGAGCGGUGCUCUGCUCAUACUAGAUUAGCCAAUAUGUUUGACAUAAUAUAACCAUGUGAAGCACUUAAGAGCAGCAGCUUUACACUACCUAUGAAAUAUGAGAUAAUCCUCUUGCCGCCCUCCCCCCACCUGCACAGGCCCCUCCGGCCACUUAAAUACCCCAAGAAUGCUGUAAGUGACUUAAGAUGUGAUUAGAGGAGGAAUUUUGGGGUGGCAGGUUCACGUCUCCUGCAUAAACCGUCAUUUUAGUUGGAUCUACCAGUGAACUUUACCCCAUCAGUUUAACUUCGAGUUAAAUGGCAUGAACCGGGUGGUUGCAGGUUUAAAUCCCAGAUUUUUUUAAUGCAUUUUGUCCAAUCAGAGUGGAGGAGGUUCAUUCUCAGUAAAGGUUGCCAUGUGCCAUGACUUGUUACUGAUAUAAUGAACUGGAUACUGCACUUCACAAUAAGGUUUCAUUUGUUAACACUGGUUAACUAUAUUAGUUAACUUGAUCUAAGAAUUGACAGUACUUCUACAGCAUUUAUUAAUGAAUUUCAACAAAUACUAAUAAAAAAGUGUUUUAAAUCAAAA